AUGUACGGGACUGGGAAUUUCUCUGGGGGUGGAUUCACCUACCCCUCCCAGUCAUCGGAGUGGGGGUUCUCGUCCCCGUCUUCAAAUUUUGGUAUGAACGGACCAUUGAGCAGUGCUGCAUCGAAUUUGUUAUCAAGUCGGGACACUGGGGACUACUUCUACCAGGGUGGGGUGCAGGUGUCCGGGGGAAUAGGGGGUAUGUCGGGGUCCCGAGGUUUAAUGCCCGGGGGGUCACCGUACUGUGAAGUGGCCAACUCCUACAGUCCCCCCUUUUCUUCGUCACCCUCCCAAAGUGUCAGCUCUUCACCCGGGUCUACAGAUUCCAGUGACAAGACGAGGUGUUCAGAUUCAGCCACAAGUCCAUCCUACAAACUCGAUCUUUCCACAAAACCCCGAAAAGAGCGGACGGCGUUCACCAAACAUCAGAUCCGGGAACUAGAGAAGGAGUUUGCAGUUCACAACUACCUCACCCGGUUACGGCGAUAUGAGAUAGCAGUGGCUCUCAACCUCACUGAGAGACAGGUGAAGGUGUGGUUUCAAAAUCGACGGAUGAAGUGGAAAAGGGCAAAGGGGGCUCAGCUCGUGCGGGACAAGGUCACAGGUCAACUGAAGCCCUUGAUGACCCCGUGUGUGACGUCAUCGGGUGGCGUGUUCAGUGAUUCGUUAAAGGACUCAAACACAGGAUCACGUGAUCCCAUGGAGCAUAUAAAAGAAGAAAUGAAAGAUGCCAAACUCUGAAAGAAACUCUACAUUCAUUCUGGUUGUAAGUGAUCGUGAAAUGACAUCAUCAUGACGUCAUCAUGACGUCAUCGGACAUGAAAAUGACAGAGGUAUUGCCUGAAGAAAGUGUACCACAUUUGGAACCGAAGCUCACACGUCGGUAGAGUGCACGUACACACGACUGCAGAGAUCUGACGAAGAUGAACUUGUAGGAAAUGUUUCCAGUCAGUUAGCACAAGGCAAACUGAAUUAUUCAAGACAUGUUUACUAAUCUCUGUUUUUUCAUCUGAGAAUAUGGUUAUUUUAUGUUGUUCAGACUGACCUGUGAAGUCACCUAAUAUCAUGUUCGACAUUAAAAUGACAUUAAGGGCGGUGGGGUAGCCUUGUGGUUAAGCGUUCGCUCGUCACGCCGAGAACCCAGGUUCGAUUCCCCACAUAGGUACAAUGUUUGAAGCCCAUUUCCGGUGUCCCCGGAUAUUGUUGGAAUAUUGCUAAAAGUGGCUUAAACUAAACUCACUCACUCACUCACUAAAAUGACAUUACUGUGGGUAGGGUUUUAGUGAGAACAGAUGUAGACAGAUAGAGGCAGAUAAAAAUACUGUGGGAGGAGGGACUCGAUUACUGUUAUGAAGUUUGUGUUCUUCAUAUUAAACGGGAUUAAGGCAAUGUGUACAUGCAUGUACAGAAGUUUGGCACUGAAUGUAGGCCUUCAGUCAUUAUACUUGGGAAUUACAAGUCCUACCAAAAUAGUAUUCUAUUUGCAUUAAAAGAUGUCAUCCUCAAAUUAUUUUUUGUAAAUCUUACCGAGUCAUGAGUGUUGCUAUGACAACACACAUGCUAGGGUGCAAAACGUACUUGUUCUGCGGACACGGAGCUUGGAGACACCGUGUUUGGGAGCGAGACCCAGUCAGUUGACAUAUUGCAUAUGAUCCAUGGAAAAGAAAGCUCUCUGAAAUGUCCAGAAGAAACCUGUUCAACUAUUCUUGGUACUGAUCAAAUGUUCAUGUUGACCAUCACCUGUUCCUGAUGUUAACAGGUUCCUAGUGCCCAUCGAAUGUUCCUGACGUCAAUAACAGUUUCUUAGUGCCGCUCAAAUGUUCCUGAUACCCAUGUAAUGUUCCUGAUGCCGAUCUAAUGUUCCUGGUACCUAUCAAAGGUUCCGGAUACAGAACAUAUCUUCCUCGGUACGGAACCACAAAGAGUUCGUAGCGCUAUGACAAUCGUUAGCCCAUGAUAAACUAUAUAGUUACGACAGGUCGUAAAGUUACGAACGCUUUGUGGAUCGUGA